AUGGCUAUCGAAGCUAAUCGAUUGCAAUUGUUACGUGAUGGACGGUGUAUUACAAACUGGUGUGAAGAAUUUCAGGUAAUACAGCAAGAAUCAUAUCCUCUUCUUAAAAUUAAAGAAGAAAACGCUUUUAUUCAGUUGCCAAAGAAUGUUUAUGAUGCGAUUGAAAAUCUUAAAGUUCAUAAAUUAAAGAUUAUUAAUGUUAAUAUUAAUAAUCAAGAAACUCAAGAGCAAGAAUUUACUAAUUUAAACGAAGAUAUUAUCAAUAUUAUUGAUAAUCAAGAAAUGUUUCAGAAACGUAAACAAGAAAUUUUCAAAUUAUUGGAUUCAACAAAAAAAAUCCUUGAAAAAAACACAACAAAUCCGAAUGGAAACAAAUGGCUUGAUAGUAUCAACAAAAAUUUUAACUCUAUAUGCAAAUUUAUAGAAGAUUGUGAUAAAUUUAAAAAGCAGAAACAUAUUCCAAAAACAUGGAAGGAUCGCAAUUAUAACACAUUUUG